GGACGACGGAGAGCAGGUGGUUGCUGUCAACUAUUCGGUCCUGGAUAAGAAGAAAAUUCUUUAUCUUUGAAGAUGGAGGCAAAGAAAAAUCUUCAUCUUUGAAGAUGGAGGCGGCUCAGCGGCGGGGGGCGGGGAAGGAGGGGAAGGGGGGGAAGGGGGGGGCCGGGGGGUCUCUUUCGGUGGUGCCAGAAAUGGAAAAGACACUGUUGGUAAGUCCGACGGUUCUCCAAAAGUCGAGAGAGAAGGUGCUCCUCACCUGGUCAGGAAUCCGUAACCCUUCGCCGAACGAUGUGCUGGCCAUCUACUCACCUCCACCUCCCGUCGGGAUUUCUCCGAUCGGGAUCGUGAGGCUGUCUCGUCUCAGUCCGGAUUGGCCUUCUGGGUCUGGCAACCUUACGAUCCCUCUGACCAAUCUACGCGCGCCGUACGAAUUCCGAUUGAUUCUGAUGGAAGAUGCUGGGGAGGGGAGGGAGGAGGAGAGGGAGGAGGAGAGGGAGGAGAAGGAGAAGGAGGAGAAGGAGAAGGUCGAAGCGUCUAGAAACCAGGGGGUAAUAGUUAAAGCAGGUGCGUUUUCCACCAUCCGGAGAAGAAGAUCUAAUGGUCAGCGGGUUGUUGUGAGUAGCCAAGUGGUGACUUUCCUAAAUUGGAAUGAACCGCAGCACGUACGACUCGCGCUGACACCUGACUUGUCAGAGAUGCGUGUCAUGUUUUCAACUCGCGAUCCUCUCCGCUCAUUUGUUGCGUACACCAAAGACCCUCAACUUCUAUCUAACGCCGAUCCUCCUCCUUCUCCUCCUCCUCCUCCUGCUGGUGAUGGCGAUGGAGAUGGUGAAGGUGGUGGUGGUGGUGGUGGGGGGCCACCAGGAGGAGGGGUAGGCGACUUUCCUAAAUUGGCUAUACGAUAUGCAGAAGCGAACCAGUGUACGUACACCGAGCAGAUGAUGUGUGGCGCCCCGGCCAACACUAGGCAUGGAUGGCGGGAUCCCGGCGCCAUUCACGAUGCGGUAAUGAUUGGUCUGGAGCCUGCCACUGUGUACUACUAUCAAGUUGGCUCUGGCGAAGGUGGCUGGAGCGUCGUGCACCGCUUUGUGUCGCCGCCACGUGUCAUCGUCUCCGGCGAAGAUCAGAGGAAGGAGGACAGGGAGGGAGAGAAGGGAGAGGAGGAGGAGGAAGAAGAAGAGGAGGAGGAGAGGGGGGGGGAACAAGAGGGAGAAGAGAAGAGAGGAGGGGAGGGAGAAGACGAGACAAAUGCCAUUUUGUUCGGUGAUCUGGGGGUUGAUCUCCCUUAUGAGCACCAAGGCCACCACUUUCAGGCGGAGGCCUCACGUACCCGGGAGGGUAUCCUCAAGAUCCUGGAUGCCUAUCCCGACAAGGCUUGGUUUUUGUCCCACGUGGGUGAUUUGUCUUAUGCGAGGGGUUUUGGAUGGGUUUGGGAUGAGUUUUUGUCGUUCAUUCAGCCUAUCUCAUCCCGCCUUCCUUAUCACGUCUUGAUUGGUAAUCACGAGUACGAUUGGACGUCGCAGCCCUGGCUUCCUAAUUGGGCGGUGGAAGCCAGAUCUUAUCUGAACGAUUCCGGCGGGGAGUGUGGCGUCCCGACCAGUUAUCUCUUCCACAUGCCUAAUGAGGAAAGUCUGGAGACGGGACUGCCGAACGUCCCGCCGACCCGCAACGUGUACCAUUCCGUAGAUUUCGGCUUGGUUCAUUUUGUAGCCUUCUCCACGGAGAACGACUUCACCCCUGGCAGCCAGCAAUUCGCUUUCCUGGAACAGGACCUCUCCGCCGUCGAUCGGACCAAAACUCCGUACGUGAUCGUGCAAGGACACAGACCCAUGUACUCCUCCAUGCAUCGACCGAGAGACAAACCGGUGCAGGACUGCUUGAGAGCCGCUCUCGAACCGCUUUUCCAUAAAUACCACGUGGAUAUCGCUUUAUGGGGACACGUGCAUGCGUAUGAGAAGACGUGCCCGCUCUACGGCUUCCAGUGCAGCAACAACACCAGCAAGAGCAGCGGCGGAAGCAGCAGGAUCAGAAGCAGCGGCGGAAGCAGCAGUGGCGGAAGCAGCAGUGGCGGAAGCAGCAGUGGCGGAAGCAGCAGUGGCGGAAGCAGUGGCGGAAGUAGCGGCGGAAACAACAGCAGGAGCUGGAAUGAGAGGAAGAGCAUCAGGCGAUGGGAACUGCAGGAGGGGGGCCAGAUAGACGAGCAGGAUCAGUGGUCGGCGGCAUCGGGAUCGGAAGAGAGAUCGGGACACACCGUCCACGUGACGAUCGGAAUGGCAGUUCAUGGUAGGGGUGGUCUGCGGGCAGGGGCUCUGAGAAUGCAAGAUCCUCCACCUGCAGGUCAAAUUCCACUCCCUAGAAAGCCUCUCCCUCGACAGCCUCUCCCUGGACAGCCUCUCCCUGGACAGCCUCUCCCUGGACAGCCUUUUGUAUUUGGAAGGUUAGGGGGACAAGGGGCGCCCGCUGCCCCUUCUGGGGUGGGAUCGGGUUCCCCUGUGGCUUCCCCUGUGGCUUCUUCACAUUUCAACGGUGUUGGGAAAACCCAGCAGCCCAAACCAAGGACUAGACGACAAAUCCAGAAGCACAAUAAUGAACCGCAAGCAAAGGCAUCCAUUCCUGGCUCAGACUCUGCGACCCCGGUAGAAGGGGGACAUAGUGUUUCAGAACCUGCACAACAAUUUGAAACAAAUCAAGAGGUGAAAGCAACUUCCCCCGCAAUUGGAGGGAGUACCACCCCUGUUGGGCCAGUUACAGCAGACGGAGGGGCUCAAACAGUCACAGGAUCACCCGCAGUAAAUGCAGCGGCAGAUGCUGCGGCAGUUGAGGCCCCUUCAGAUGCAGCAGGUGGUUCACCAGGGCCCCCCCCGGAAGCAGACCCAAAAAAAGAGACUGGUCAAGCAACAUCUUCAGUGGGGAAUGUUGAGACCAGUGACAAGGCAGAGGAAAAGGAAGUGGCCUUGCAACAGGCAAAUUUGGAAGACAAUGGCACGAGAAAUAACAAUAACAAAAAUUGUGAGGAUGCCAUCUCCGGUCAGGAUUCCAUCAGUUCUGCCCACACCAGUCUCAAGAUAGCAUCCAUUACUCAAAAACUCAGUAGAACCAUGAAGGAUGCUAUCUUAGGCAGAGGAGGGGAGGAGGUAAGUACAAGGCUCAAGCCUGAGAAUAACACGAAGGGACAAAAAUGUGACGCUGGUUCUGGAAAUCAGGGGAGUGAGGCUCGCAGUCAAGGGGUUAAGGGACGUCAUAGUGUUGAGGAGGGAGAUCACAUAUCUGUGCAGGCUCAUCGAACUCUUGGGGAGUCUCAGCGGGAUGGUUAUCAGACAGCGGAGGAAGACAUGCGGGAUGAAGGACAAGAUACUGAUCCCGAGAGUACCCCCCCGUCAGGGGAUUCUGAAGAAUCAGGAGAAGAAGAGAAACCUGCAAAAGAAAAAAGGGGCAGGACAGCUUCCCCGGGCAAGUCAGAAAAAAGAACUGCAGUUAAAAUCUCCAGAAGAGUCGCAGGUUCCGUCAGUAAAUCAGCGGUCUCUAAACAGAACUCCAGCUUGGCUAUGGAUUGGGGCCUGAAGUGCCUCCCUGCAGAUAACUGUGAGCGGUUUUUGGGUGUGCAGGUCGGUCUUCUCGACGCCAAGAAACAUGCGAGUAUUUUGGUUGAACAAAAGAUUAUCUCCAAGUUAAACCAGGUAUCCUCAAUCAGGGGCAUAUCCAUCCUUGGGAGAGCCCUGUUCUUGAACACCUCGGUUUACUCUGUAGCAUGGUACCCCAACUCCAUCAGGGGCCUUGAGAAACAGGCAUACAAGAAAAUCAGAUCCUUGUCUAUCAAAUAUCUAUGGAAGGGUUCAAGUGAGCAAGAAACUGGUUACCUUGCUAAAGUGGCAUGGAGGAAGGUGAUAGGGGCAAAAGAGGAGGGUGGUCUAGGUAUCCUAGAACCGGAGUCUCAAAUAAAUGCCCUCCUUGCUAGAUGGGUAGUCAACUUGCUAAUUGAACAGAGUAAUCAUCCUUGGUUGAUUCUUGCUACCACAAUACUCGCCAAGGAAUGGAGUCUGGCAAGAAGGGAGGAUGUGGGAGUCGCCCUUAUGACUCCGUCUCUUGUCAAGGCUCAAGUUAAGUCACCAGUUUGGAAAGGGAUUCGUGCUGCAUGGAGUCGAGUCAUGCCAUCCUCGCUGGAACCACCAGGAAUCAGAGAAGAGGUACUGGCCCAAAGGAUUUUUGAAAAUCCCAGUAUGGUAGACCAAUUUGGCAUCCCAUGGUCGGCUGCGGACUCCCCAGGGCAUUUCGACAAGUCUUGGGUGCAAAGGGGGGUGUCCAGAAUUGCCGAUCUAUGGGAUGCGGAAUUAGUGCAAUGGAGAUCUCCACUAGAACUCCAAACAAAGUUGCACCAUCUGCGGGAAGUUACAGAAAGGGUGAAGACGGUUAUUGACAGUAUUCCUGACAGCUGGAAGAACAUCCUGAGAGCCCCCCUACAGGCGUGCGAGGGUCAUUGGGUUCAGCGCGUGGACGACAAAGGGGAGAUCUGUUUUGCCAAAGUGGAGGUGCUUUUGGAUAAUCAGGAUGCAGAGAUCAAACCUUUCUCUUUCAUGAUGGUGUAGGGGGGCUCUACAUUACAAAUACUGCAUUCGGGGGAGCAAGUAGUCAAACUGAACUCCAAGGCAGCGUCCAUAGUUGUUAGAACAAACAAAAUAGACAAAA